GCGUCACCUAUAUAUAUGCCAUUAUAUAUACAAGACCAAACCAAAUAAUCCCACAUCCCAUCUCCCUACUAUUUCAAACCCAACUUUCAAGCAAGGGAUAGCUUAUUAAAAUGAGUAGUACGUAGGAGUUAAGAGCAGGCUUAGUUAAUUUGACUCUUCUCAAGCAAUUAAUUAAAGACAAGCCAUGGUAGCCGUACGCGUGAAGGUAGCAGAAGCACGAUUACUACUGCUAUCGGUGGCUGCUCUUCUCCUCCUAAUUAGCAGCUGCGCCGCGGCCACCACCAUCACCAAUACUACAACUACUUCCCCUACGUACCCUGAGUUUCAAGAGCUGAACGUGAAGGAAACAAUCACGGCAAUUCAAAGUAAUAACUGGGCACCAAGGGCUGCAUACAACGUCACCAGCAGCACCACCACCGGCAGCAAAUUAAAUGAUGAUAAUGAGGAAGAUGAUACAGAUCAUGAAGAAUAUGAAAGAAGCACUAAUGGCGGAUCCGGAGUCGGAAAAUGGAAGUUGAAGGUGGUCCACAGGGAUAAGAUGUCGUCGCAAUAUUCAAACAGGAAUGGGAAUGAAGGCAGCCAUACUUCCCAUAGCCACCUUGUCCGCGCACGCAUGAAAAGGGAUGCCAAAAGGUUUGCUAGCCUCACACGGCGCCUCCUCAACUACUCAGACUCAGAGUUAGAGUCGUUGGAUUUUGGGUCGGGGGUGGUGUCAGGUAUGGAGCAAGGGAGUGGAGAAUACUUCGUGAGGAUCGGAGUGGGUAGCCCACCACGAAGCCAAUACAUGGUGAUUGACUCCGGCAGUGACAUCGUGUGGGUUCAGUGCCAGCCUUGCACCCAUUGUUACCACCAGUCCGACCCCAUCUUUGACCCCGCCCGCUCUACUUCGUAUUCUGGCGUCUCCUGUGCCUCCUCCCUCUGCGGCCGCCUCCAGAACCCCGGUUGCCACUCCGGUCGAUGCCUCUACGAGGCCUCCUACGGCGACGGAUCCUACACCCAGGGCACGCUUGCCCUCGAAACUCUUACCUUGGGACGCGCCCUCGUCCGAAACGUCGCCAUCGGCUGCGGCCACAUGAAUCGCGGCAUGUUUGUGGGAGCUGCUGGUCUCUUGGGCCUUGGAGGUGGGGCCAUGUCAUUUGUUGGUCAGCUCGCCGGCCUGACCGGAGGUGCCUUCACUUAUUGUUUGGUCAGCCGUGGCGGCCGCUCUGGUACUACAAGUACUAACGCAGCCGGCGGAGGAGGAGGAGGGUCCCUGGAGUUCGGUCGUGGGGCGAUGCCCGUGGGUGCUACAUGGGUCCCGCUGAUCCGGAACCCGCGGGCCCCGAGUUUGUAUUUUGUGGGGCUGGCGGGCCUUGGAGUUGGAGGGAUGCGGGUGCCCAUAUCCGGAGACGUAUUCCGGCAAACCGAGAUGGGGUACGGAGGGGUUGUGGUGGACACGGGCACCGCCGUGACAAGGUUCCCGACGUUGGCUUACGAGGCCUUCCGCGAUACCUUUCUUCAGCAGACGGCCAGCCUCCCUCGGCUGUCGUCGGGAGUGUCCAUCUUUGACACAUGCUAUGACCUGUACGGCUUCGUGUCGGUUCGGGUGCCGACCGUGUCGUUUUAUUUUUCGGGUGGGCCCAUCCUGACGCUUCCGGCGAGCAAUUUUCUGAUUCCGGUGGACGAGAAGGGGACUUUUUGCUUUGCAUUUGCUCCUUCGGCCUCCGGACUUUCCAUAAUAGGCAACAUCCAGCAAGAGGGCAUCCAAAUCUCAUUUGAUGGAGCCAAUGGUUUUGUGGGUUUUGGACCCAAUGUCUGCUGAACAGUUUAUUAAUUAUAAUAUGUGGUCCCUCUGUUUUUUCUUUUCUUUUGAAUAUAUGCUUAAAUUCAAGUUCAUGAACUAUAUAGUAUUUGAAGAAAGGUAUAUAUAGUAUAGAUUACAAUGAAGUGAGCUUUAGUGGAUCGUCUUUUUAGUUAAACUUGUUCUAAGAGGUUCUUAGAUGAAACUUUUUAAAACAUGUUCGUGUGCCUUUUGUUCUCGCGAAGUGAGUGAGUGUAAAAUAAUGUAAUAUGUGCUCAUCGUAUUUUAUUUGUACGUG